AUGGACCUCGCAACAGGGGCCAUGGGCAGCCUGCUCGUCAAGCUUGGCCAACUUCUCACGGAGGAGUACAAGCUGCAGACCGGCGUCAAGGAAGAUGUUGAGUAUCUAGAGAGAGAGCUAAAGAGCAUGCAUGCUGCCCUCCGCAAGGUUGGGGACGUGCCGCGAGACCAGCUCGACGAGCAGGUCAAGCUCUGGGCCAACGAAGUCAGGGACUUGUCGUUCAUAAUGGAGGACAACGUCGACAAGUUCCUGCUGCGCGUUGAGGGAGUUGAGCCAGCCAUCAAGCCGCGCAAACUCAAGAAGCUCAUGAAGAAGAUGGGGAACUUGUUCAGCAAGAGCAAGACUCGCCAUGAGAUCUCAGGUGAGAUCAGAGGCAUCAAGGUCCGCAUCAAGGAGGCGGCUGACCGACGUGAUAGCCACAGGGUCGACGACGUGGUUGCUAACCCAACUGGUGCAGUCACCAUUGACCCUCGCCUAUUGGCUUUGUACAAGGACCAGAAAGAGCUUGUUGGUAUUAAUGAUUCAUUGAAUGAGAUAACCAAGAUGAUGAGUGAUGGGGAUGGUGAUGCGGCCAAGCAACUCAAGAUACUCUCUAUUUUCGGAUUUGGAGGCCUUGGCAAGACAACUCUUGCCAAAACAGCAUAUGAUAAGAAUAAAGCGCAAUUUGAUUUCAGUGCUUUUGUUCCGGUAGGAAGGAAACCUAGCGGGAAGAAAGUUCUCAAUGACAUACUCCUUGAAAUUGAUGGGCAAAAGUACUCGGAGUUGGAUGAAAGGCAGCUAAUCAACAAACUCCGAGGAUUACUCGAGAACAAAAGGUACUUGAUUGUCAUUGAUGACAUAUGGGAGAUAAAUACAUGGGAGCUGAUCAAGACCGCUUUGCUACAACCACUUUCUCUUGAUUUAUCCAAGGAUUUAUUUCACACAAGAUUAUCUCGCGGUGCAAUAGAAUGGCCUAAUCAUCUGCCAGCAGAGGUAUACAAUAAAAUUUUACAUAAAUGUGGUGGUGUACCAUUGGCUAUAAUCACAAUAGCUAGUUUGCUUGUUGGUAAACCUGUGGAGCUUUGGUCUAAUGUAUACACUUCAAUUGGUUUUGGGCAUGAAGAAAAUGAAGACGUGGAGAACACAAGAAAAAUACUUUUAUUUAGCUAUUAUGAUCUACCUUGUCACCUAAAGACUUGUUUAUUGUAUCUGAGCAUAUAUCCUGAAGAUCAUCUGAUUGAAAAAGAUAGUUUGAUAUGGAAGUUGGUGGCCGAAGGUUUUAUCCAUGGGGAACCAGGGGUAGGACUAUUCGAGAUUGGUGAGAGGUACUUCAACGAGUUGGUAAAUAAAAGCAUGAUAAUGCCGGUAGAGGCCACAUUACUUGGCAUGAAAUUUCAUCAUGGCAUCAUAACUGGAUGUCGCGUCCACGACAUAAUGCUUGAUAUGAUACGUGUAUUGUCUAGGGAAGAAAAGUUUGUUACUGUAUUGGACAGUGAUGAGCAAUAUACAACUUCACAUUGCAAUGCUCAUAGGCUAGCUGUUCAUAAUGGAGUCCAACCUCUGGCUAGUACAUCCACAUUACAAGCAAGGUCAGUUAAUGCCAUGUGCAGUCCUGAGAUGUUGCCAUCACUUUCAUGCUUUGAAGUUUUGCGUGUACUAGCUUUGGAUGGCCCCACUAGUUCACACUAUCCUAAUUGUCUUGAGCAUGUUGGGAAGUUAGUUCACUUGAGGCACCUCAAACUAGGGAGCAUUGGUAUCAGUGAGCUCCCAAAGGAAAUAGGGCAUCUGAAGUUCUUGCUGGUAUUGGACUUGGCUGAAAAUAGCAUAAGUGAACUUCCAGAGAGUAUUGGCCAACUAAGUCAACUCAAGUGCUCGAACAUCUGUGUAACAGACAUCAAAGUGCCUAGCUGGAUCGGGAAUUUGACUUCUCUGGAAGAGCUAUGCCUAGGAGAAGUUGGUGAGGACUCCAACUUUGUGACGGAACUGGGCAAGUGGACAGAGUUGAGGAAGCUCCGCAUUUCUAAAGCAAUAUGGGUACAUGGUGAUGGCAAAAUGAAUAGUUGGGCUGAGUCUUUAGCCAAAGUGAGCAAGAUCCACGUCAUAGACAUUUAUUAUGUUUUUGGGUGGAGAGAGCCCAGCCAUGUCGAUAACCGCUGGGAAUGGUGUGCCCUCCCUCCACAACUCUGUGUUCUACGUAUGGUUUAUGACGAACCUGGGCUAGUGGCAAGGAUCAAUCCACGGGUUGUUCCGAACCUGUCCCAUUUAAAACUGUAUGUAUACACUCCAGAGCUGGAGCUCUUUGGAAGUUUCAGAGAGCUUGUUUCCCUUGAGCUGGUGACGCGGUCAGCUCUCCACCAUGACACCAUGGGCGGUGCAUGUGCAUUCCCCAAGCUGAGGGUCUUUAAGACACAAGCAACAUUUGAUUCGUUUCAAGAGGGAGAUAUGCCGGUCCUUGAAAAUCUCUGGUUUAUGGUCAUAGCACAGUCCAAUGAUGACGACGACAUUAGCUUUGGCUUUGACUUUGGUAGCCUAGGGAACCUCCCUUUGCUUCAGUCCGUCACAAUCUUUUUAUAUGCCCCUCCUGUGGACCAUAGUAAGGCUGAGGAAACGGUCAAGCGUGCAUUGGAUGUGCUUCCCAACCGGCGCAGGCAUGAUAUGAUACUUCUAAAAAAAUUAUGGGGCAUAUACAGGACAACAGUGCACUUCCACUACCUUGAGUUCAGAGAAGAAUCAAAUGAUAUUGAUGGUAAAUUGGUAACUGAAUCUGCAGGAGAAAUGGCAUUUUGA